AAUAUGCGUCGCAGGAUAACAAAGGCUGUAGGUUCACAACAGGAAGGAAUUGUUACAAAAUAAUAAAUUGUUCAGUACGCGGACAAGGUCACAGAGUUCUGUUUGUUCCCCUUUCGCUGAGCUCCCUAGAUCGCAGAAUCGUUUGACAAAGAAUGAAGCUCCUAACCGGCAAGCUCGUUCUCCUCUGCGUAUCAUUCACGCAAUUCUUCAGCCUGCGUGUCAGUGCACAGAGUAACAAAGGUAUAUAUGAGCGACGGCCAAAACAGUGCUUGAAGGAGCCUUUUAUUGGGGUCUGCCGCCCAUUGUCGACGACGGCUUGGUAUUUUGAUGCUCAGCAUCAUACCUGUGUACCACUGAAUCCUGGAGUUUGCGCUGGAGGCAACAAUCUCUUUCCCACGUACCAAAAAUGCAUGAAAGAAUGUCAACUCCUGACUCAAAAGAAGUCAAAGAUAUGUCUUUGGCCACCAACCGUUGGACCCUGCGGACCUGUUGUUGUGUCCUGGUACUAUGAUCAAGGAAUCGAUCGCUGUAAGGCGUUCAAUCGCACGAUUUGCGGCGGUGGAGGAAACUCCUACCUGACCGAGUUGAAGUGUCAGUUUGAGUGCAGACCAACAGUGAAGGCGGAGGCCAGAUGCAGCAAACCACCAAAACCUGGAAUGUGCUUCGUCGCUCAAAAGCGCUUCUAUUUUGACGACAGAAUUAACGAAUGUGUUCAAUUCCCAAACAAUAAAUGCGGCAAGAAUAGAAACGCCUUCCGAAGUGCGAAGAAAUGCAGGGAAAGAUGCAGCUAUAUCAAAGGUGGAAUCCAAAUUAGUAAUCAGCUGCCUACCGGUGGUGUGCCUGGUCAGGCCAUGCCACCCGGAAAUAUCGGGCCAUUCGGCCAACCUGUUUACCCCUUGCCACCUGGUCAACCUGGCCUGCCUAACAGCAUCGGUUCACCAAGCUCUCCUGCCCUACCAGGACAACCAAAUCAGUCUAUUGAACAAGGCCAGGUUCCACCCGGUCCACCUCCCAUACCCGGCCACCCCGCACAUCCAAACGUGCCUGGUCAGCCCACUAUGCCUGGACAACCCGGCCUGACCGGACAACCGAGCAUGACUGUCCCCCCAGCUAUUCCAGGUCCAACCGGCACACCUGGUCUUCCCAGCAUGCCUGGCCAAAUAAGCAAGCCUGGUGCAUCUGGUUUACCCAGACAAACCCCUGGACAGGGAAGCCCUAACAAUUUAGGACCUACCCAGCCUCCCUUACAAAAUGUACCACCUCCACCUUCCAGCUUUCCUUCAUCAGCUGGGUUGCCCACGCGAAACAAGAGACUCCGCUGAUCGAACCAAGCGGGUCGAUGAGAGGGCGGCUAACUCUUGGGUCCUCACAAAAAUUACCUCAAAUGUCUCAAAUAAAACGAAUAAUAAAUGCUUAUAAUAGUGUUUCA